CGCCCGGUUACGGAACGAGCCCCAGCGCGGGCCGAGCCGAGGGGAAGCCCGGGGAGGACUCCCGCAUCCGCCGCCCCAUGAACGCCUUCAUGGUCUGGGCCAAGGACGAGAGGAAGCGGCUGGCGCAGCAGAACCCGGACCUGCACAACGCGGUGCUGAGCAAGAUGCUGGGCCAGUCGUGGAAAGCGCUGAGCGCCAGCGACAAGCGCCCCUUCGUGGAGGAGGCAGAGCGGCUGCGCAUCCAGCAUCUGCAGGAUCACCCCAACUACAAGUACCGCCCCAGGCGGAAGAAGCAAGCCAAGAAAAUCAAGAGGAUGGAACCCAAUAUCCUUCUCCACAACCUUUCCCAGCCGUGCAGCAGCGACAGCUUCAGCAUGAAUCAUCACCGUGGCAGCCAGCCUGCCCACCCCCAGCCUCCCCCACUUAACCACUUCAGAGAACUCCACGCCAUGGGGUCGGAUAUUGAAAACUAUGGCUUGCCAACUCCCGAGAUGUCUCCCUUGGAUGUCUUGGAGCAGACCGAGCCAGCGUUUUUCCCCCCUCACAUGCAGGAGGAUUGCAGCAUGAUGGCCUUUCGAAGCUAUCACCCCUCUCACCAGAUGGAGUUUCCCCAAGAGAAGUCACUGGGGCGGGACGUGGGCCUGCCCUAUGCUCAGACCCCAUCACAUUUGGCCGAUGCUAUGAGGACUCCCCAUCCGUCUAGCAUGUACUACAACCAAAUGUGCUCUGGACCGCAGAACGUCCUCUCCGCCCAUCUGGGCCAGCUGUCACCCCCUCCUGAAGCCCAUCACAUUGACGGCGUAGAGCACUUGAAUCCAACGGAGCUUUGGACAGACGUGGACCGCAAUGAGUUUGACCAGUACUUGAACAUGAGCAGGACUCGUCCUGAUGCCUCAGGACUCCCUUACCAUGUCUCCCUGUCCAAAGUGACUCCGAGAAGUAUCUCCUGUGAGGAGAGCAGCUUGAUAUCUGCCUUGUCCGAUGCCAGCAGUGCUGUCUACUAUAGCUCUUGCAUCACAGGCUAGGUCUGCCCCGUUGUACCAUGUGUUUGCCCUGGAGAACCUAUGACCCUUCAGUGCAGUCUCCUUUUUAAAAAGAGAAAAGCCAUCUGCCUUUAACCACUGAGCUCCAUAAUAGUUAGAGUAUCUCAUUAAAUGCAUCGCUUCUUUUAAAAACCUGCUGAAAUCACUGAUAUACUCGUAUAACUAUAUAACACAAAUAGAUGCAUUUUCCAAAGCAGAGGGUUAAUGUAGAGGAGAAAUCAGCCUCCGGCACUCCAUAUCUUAACUCUGUGCCGCCUGGAAAGUACGGCAAAGCUUUUUACACAUGGUUUUUAGCUGCGUAGAGCUGUACCUUCUUAGGUCAGGCGGUUCGACCAUGUAUUUAGACAAACCACAGUGAUUCGUGUCUAAAACGACUGCCACUGGGACCUGCUCAAAUCGACUUUUUUUUUUUAAGCAAAGGGCAAACUAAAUUGCGUGGGAAACCUUGGGGCUAUUUUGAAGAGGUUGUUUUAAGACCGGGUGCCUGUUAGAGCUGUUUUUUUUAGCACCGUUUUCACCGUUUUUUUAGCACCGUAUUUUCAGCAAUAUAUUUUAAUUGGGCAACGAGGCUAUAUUUUUACUAAGCAUUUUUAUAUAUAUAAAAUUAUAUUUAAUGUGUUUGGGUUUUUUUUAUUAUCACUUUUUUUAAAAUAAAGCAAAGGAUAUCCAUGAGAGCUAAAGCAUUUAUGUAGCAAAGCUGGAUUUUAAAAGAAGAAAUAUUUUGCGAAAAGGGAACUACAGCAUAAAUAUUGUUGGAUAAUUGAUUCAAAUUUUGUAUGCUCCCAAUCCUUCUCCUCCCCUUGCCCACAAAACAGGACUAGUAUCUGGAUGGAGAGCAAACUGUCCUCUGGUUUGCAUACCGGUUAAUUAUUAACACAUCUUCUUGUAAUUAUUCCCAUGUUGUGUGAACACAUAUUUUCCGCAAAUACAUGUUGUCCCAACCAUUUCCAGAUUGUUGGAUCACUUGGUGAAUGUCCUGACAGCCUAGCAAUUGUAUCACCCGCCAGCACUGGGGUGCCUUAUGAAAGCUCUCCAAAGGAAGAUGUAUGAAAAGUGGCCAGUGCUCCGAGGAUGUCAGCUGACAAAGUCCUCAUGGCUGUCUCACCCGCUCUUAAAUUUCUCAUUUUGUAAGUGUGAAAAAUAUGUUCUGUGGGAAAGCAUCUGUUCUCAGAUAAAUGACAUUUAAUAAAACAUGUGAUAUCCUUCUCUUGA